GUCGAGUUGUGAGGAGAAAACAAAGCAGGUGCAACGUCAGCAAUACAAGUUCACAUCAUGACUCCGUGACGCAGAAGCGUUUUGAUCCUCUUUUUGUGCGUUCUCAGGGACGACAACUACGAGAACUACACAGGGUAAGUACGCGCGCCAAUCGUUUUUCAUCGGUUCAGCGCCGCCCAAAUAAGUAAUAUUAAACGCUCUCUGGUAAGCGUAAGUACAUGAUCGUCGAUCAGUUGCAUCGAUUUUCUUUACUACAGACAACGAAAACCCUUCGACCUUUUUUCAUUUGCAGUUGCAACUGACUUGCCGAGGAUCGGAUGAUGACCCCUCCGGCUGCACCAGCACUCCUUCACCUGUCGUUCCUGCUUGCGGCCACGCUGCAGAUUAUCCAACGCUUUGACGACCGUCUUCCUUUCGCACAUGCGUUCGAGGCGGUUUACCCAGCUGUGGAAACCAGUUCGGGGCCCUUUCUGUAUCUGGGCUCUGAACAAGACAGCUUGCUUGCGGAGGAACUGCGGCUGUUGCGGAUAAAGCACUUACUCAUCAUCGCCUCCACCUCCAGCCCCCCGGCGACGAAAGAGGAGGCAGCAGCGUCCUCUGCGGCGAAAUUGUCAAAAAACAGCACGGCGGGGACGACAUCAUCCGCCGGCGCGGCAGGCGGUCCGCCUACUUCGACCGGUAGUUCCGGCUCGAUUGACGUGCUGGAUCUGAAGAGAAAACUACAAGUGCUGGAUAAGGGAAAAGACCGCGCGACCUACGAGUUCCUGUUGCAGAGCGGACAGAACCCGAGCUCUCUGCUGAGCGUCGUGGAGAUCCAGAAGGGCGUGGAUUGGCUGCAGAAAAGCAUGGAAGAGGUCGAGGCCCUCCCCCGGCUGCCCUCCGGCAUGGCGCAGGGGCACGUCCUGGUGGUCUCGAAAGACGGAUGCACGCGGGCUGGCACCAUCGCAGCGGCGUGGCUGCUGAAGCGCAUGCAGAUCUCCGCCGAGCAGGCGAUUGCGCACGUGCGGCAGAAGCGCGAUUGCUUCGCGCCAACGCAUAUCCCGUGCAAAAGUAUCGUACUCGUAUAAAUGCAUUACAGCGUGAGAAAUGUAAAUGAAAUUUGUAAUGCGGAUUUACCUCAAGAAAAAUAUUUGUAAUGCAUUAUUGCAAUACGAGUGCGAUACUUUUGCACAGGAUAACACAGGAGCUGUUUGAGAACCUCCUGCCGUAUUCUCCGAAAAUUAACCAUCCCCAUCCACUUUUUGCAUGACAAACCCAGACUUUACUACAUGUCUUGCAUGACAAAUUUGCUAGGAAUGGUUAAUUUUCACAGAAUACGCCGUUCGAAGAGAUCGAGCCGCCCGCGCCCGUAUCCUGCGCAAAAGUAUCGUACUCGUACUGAUUGCAGUUAUGCAUUACAAAUCUAGGUGUUCAGGGAAAUCAGCAUUACAAAUUCAAUUCGUAAAAAUGCUGAGCCGAUUUGUAAUGCAAUUCAUACUAGUACGUUACUUUUGCAGUUCAUAGCCCGACGAGAACGACAGCCUGUCUGCGGACAAAACAGGGCGGGAGAAGUCUUUUCAUGAGGAGCGCCGCAUCAGCACGCGAAUCGCGGAAGCGCACGACACGGACGAAAAAGCAGUGUUCAUCUAGGGAAGUGGCAGGUUGGAAAUCGACACUGUUGAAACGAUUCGUGUUGACGGCGCGUAUUAAACUCGAUCAUACCUCCUGUUUUUGACACCGAUAUGCAAUUUGUCAUUCGAAAGUGACACCGAUAUGCAAUACCUGUGUUUGGUCCACACCCAAGUCCGAAAAGACCUAGCCUCAUAACAGCCGCGCCCUUAUGGUAUAGAUCAACCGAUCGCCAUAGAAGAUCGGCGCUCAGCUGCUCUCGGGCUGGAGGAGGGAGUAGCGCGCAGCAGUUCGCUACAGGGCACACUGCCAGCAUCGUCAUCAAUUUGCCACUCUGUUUGAUGUAGUUGCAAAUGGGGCUAAAACUCGCACCAUGCCCUUAAGUAGCCAUAUUGUUCUUGCCCCUAGUUGGGCUUGCGAUCGGCCUCAUUCGCCUCCUCUGACGUGUUUCCGUACUUGCAUUCUAUACUUACAAGUAUCAAUCCUGUUCAUGAUGAUAUUGCGCCUAGCAUAAUUUCGUGCAUGGCAGAUCGUCUCAAUUCGUCUUGUCGAUUUCGCGCCUGGCGCUUCGAUAGCGUGAAAAAUUGCGAGAUGAUACACGACGCCUUUUGGUUUUACGGCGAUCUCGAGCCGCUGACCGGGGGCGACGCACUGUACGACAUCCCGUCGGCCACGGACUGCUUAUCACAAGAAAAAGUGUUAACUUUUUUAACGGUUUUCACAGAUUGCAGUCAUGCAUCACAAAUGUAGCCCAAUAUGCAUGCUAUGCAUUACAAAUUUUGGUGAAAUGUAGUUUUGUGAUGCAUUGCUGCAUCACAAAUUCCGUUAACGUGAACGCUUUUUGCUGUGAUACUGCUGCGCGGAGUGCGACAAACACCCCGAAUGCUACUAUGGAAGUGUCCGGAUCGAAAUCAACAAAAUCGAAAUGAUUCGCGAUGCAUAAAAUCGAUACCACUUGGAGCCUCAGGUCUUUUCAAGUGGCGCAUGACAAAAUUCGGGAGCACCAAAAAUCUGUCUGUCAUUCUGUUUGGGCAAAGAAGACUUUUCCUGUCGCGCUGCUCCGGCCGCACAUCGCCUUCCCCGAUGAAACAGGCUUGCAAUCGGUCUCAUUUGCCUGCUCCCCAGCACAGGCCUUACUUGCCCUACAUUUCAUAUAUGCAUUACAAAUUUUUCGAUUUUGUCGAUUUCGAUCCUGACACAUCGAUAGCUACAAGUGGAGCUACGGCCUCGCGGGGAAGGACCGGCGGAAGUGUUUUUUGAAGCGCAAGACGGACGGAUACGUCGGCGAUAGAACGCAUUUUGUCAGCGGAAAAGCAACCAAGCGGACCCUACCCAGGUCGGCGGAAGAGCUGUGAUAGAAAGUGAAGAUCUUGUGAACUUUAUUGCUGAAUAUUUAUAUGAUCUUCUUCGGCUUCUGUUGAUGACGAGGCAUCUGCUGAUUGAUGACGAGGCAUAUGUUGAUUGAUGACGAGGCAUAGGAAAAACCCGUGCAUGAAAUAAAACUUCCCCCUGUAUCCAAAAUAAAACACAAAAACGUACAAGAUCAUCGGCCGUCGUCGAGAAGAUUGCUCGCCAGUACAACUUAGAUCAUUUUUCUCAUGUUCUGGGUGCUAUGGCUCUACAAAUGAGCUUGUGCAAGCCCAAGCUGCUGUUGUAGUUCAAGUUCUUCGGAUUGCAGAUAGAUUCGCUUCUUGUUUUGCC